AUGUCGAAGAAGGUUCACCCCAAAGAUCAGGGCAAGAUGAUCGAAUACCGCAUGCGCGUGACUCUCAAGGAUGGUCGCCAGCUUAGCGGCCAGAUGCUGGCUUUUGAUAAGCACAUGAACCUCGUCCUUGACGAUACUGAGGAGUUCCGCAUCACUCGCAAGCAUGGCAAGGCCGGCCCCGGUGGCGAAACCACCACCAUUGAAAACGAGCAAAAGCGUGUUCUGGGCCUCAUCAUUUUGCGCGGAGCCCAGGUUGUUUCUUGUUCCAUGGAAGGUCCUCCUCCCGAUGACCCCGCCAAGCGACUCGGUAACUCCGCUCCUACCAUCAGCGCCGGUCCCGGUAUCAGCAAGCCCGCCGGUCGUGGCGUACCCAUUGGCCUUGGUGGUCCUGCCGCAGGUGUUGGUGGCCCAUCGCCUUACGGAUUCCCCCCGGUGGCCCAGGCCGUUUCCCAGGUGGUUUCCCUGGCGGCCCCCCUGGAGGAUUCCCUGCUCGUGGAGGUCCUCCCCCAACCCCACCAAUGGGUUUCCAGGGCCCACCCGGACAGGGACAGGGACGAGGAUACCCUCCUCCUGGCUUUGGAAGAUGAUUGGAUAGGAGAGGUUUACGAAAAAGGAUCCAAGCUCCCCACGUCAGCGAUUUUUUUAACAAGUGGGAUAAGCGACUUGAGAUGGAUUGAGACUACGAGACAAUGA